AUGAACGAAGCCGCAGCAACUAGGUAUGCGGUAGAACGCAUCCCUAUGUUGGUGCCCUUGGAUGAGGUGUCAAUAAAAGAACUGUGCAGUUCUAUAUUGACGCGAGCCAACGGCAACUUGGAAAUAGUCGCGGAGGAAUUACUGGAAAUAUUAGGGCAUACGUCCGAGGCCUACGAAUUUGUGUUUAGGUUUAAUGAGGCUCUAUCCGGAGCUACUGGUUCCACCGCAGGGCAAAGCGAGGCGGACGAAAAGGCCAAUAGGAACGCUUCUGGCAGAAAAUUGCCCAUUAUUAUGCUCAAUGAUACGGAUAUUACAGAGGACGUGGUGCCUGAUUGUCCACCCGAGUAUGACCAGGAAGAGGCUGCCGAGAUCGCGGUUUCGGAACGGCUUGCUUCGCACAAAACACAGGGUUCGAAGUUACAUACUCUUCAAGAAAUUGACGAGGCCUUGAAAGCGCUGGAGCUACGCGGGUCAGGGAGUGAUGGUAAUGCCUCAUAUAAGUGCAACUGCCAGGCCACUAUGCAUCCUCUUUUUGAGCUAGCCCCAAAUUGCCUGAACUGUGGCAAAAUUAUAUGUUGCCGAGAAGGUCUUCAUAUGGAUUCCUGCAGUUAUUGUGGGACGCUGCUGAUACCGAAGCAGCAGCAGCGGGAUAUAGAGAAGGUGUUGCAGCGCGAACGCGAAUUGGUAAAAGCCAAGAGACAAGAGACCGGCUCGACUGGCAAGAAGAAGGAAAAGGUCUUUAAGAUUUCGAACGCAAAGGGGAGAAAUAUGUUCAGUGAGCAAGAGAGGCUAUUCGACAAACUUGACAGGCAGCGGGAGCGUGAAAUGAAACGCAACCAGGUACUUGGGGCAGAGGACAUGUCACAGGAGGAGGACUCGAUUCUGAAGGCUGAGGAAGUCGAUCCGGAACUAAGGGCGGCCCAGGCGCGCUUGGAGAAUCUAUUGCACUUUCAAGACACUAGCGAAGAGAGGACUAAAAUAAUAGAUACUGCCAGUGACUACAGUAUGUCAAACGACGCAGGAAUUUGGGGGUCGGCAUAUGAGAAGGCGAUGGCAUUAAAAAGACAGCAGCAUAACUUGAGGCAGUGGGAAAAAUCAGAGCGGGAACGCAACGGCAGGAGAGACAAGAUAAAACUAGACUUGGUGUUAGAGAAGGAUGGGAAAGUGCGCUUUGAGGAAUCCCGUGUUCCCGGCACAAGAAGGGGACUAACAGAAGAUGAUAUAGACGAAUUAUCUGAUCCUGAUGAACGCGAGGAGCUACAGGAUAUCAAGGAACUCAGAAAAAGAAUAAAUGCAGAGAAACAGGCCGAAAAGGAAUCAUUACUAGGCAAUACAUGGGACUUCGAAAAGGAUAAAAGCAGAUUCAGGAAGCCAGUUUACGUGGGGCCUGGACCUGCAGACGACGACGAUUCGAAGCAGGAUCUGGACUCUGAGGAAACCUUACAGCAACAUUCACGGGUCCAGCUGGACAGCGCAGAUGAUAAAUCGGUAGAGGAGAGUAUCUUAGCAUUUUUAUAA